AUGUUUUCUUCAAACGAUAUCCGUGUAGUGGUUUCUAUAGAUUUUGGUAGCACUUAUUCGGGAUAUGCAUAUUCAAAUAAAACACAUCCACAAAUCAUUACAAAUUCUGCAUGGCCAGGUUUAAUUGGAAAAUUCAAGAUUAAUACAGUAUUGCAAUAUGAUGAAAAUUUUAAAAAUGUUAAAUAUUGGGGACACCAAGCUUUAUCAAAGAAACCAUCUGGCAACAACACAAUUGAUGAUAAUAGUGAUAGCAAAGAUGAAGAUCAAAUAGUUGAAUUAUUUAAAUUACAUUUAAGUGAAAAGAUACCAGUAGAAGAACAACCUAAAUUACCAGAUGGGUUAGAUUCCACUAAAGCAAUCACUGAUUAUCUUCAUAUCAUUGGUAGGUAA